AUGAAAUUUGGCAAGCUGGAAAUGCGUUUACGAGUUUUUCGCCCACAAAGCGAUGGGAUUCGACUCACUCCACCACCACCCCGGAACGGUUUCGUGGAGUGCCGAAAAGGCGUCGAAGAGUGCGGUCUAAUGGAAGAUUGUGCGGUUGUGAUGCCGCGUGAGGGCUGCUGCGCCCGCUGCAAGGGAUGUUGGUACAAUGGCACAGACUACGCCUCUCAUACAGAAUGGGGAGACAGCGGAAAGCUGUACAGAUGUGAAGCUGGAGUCGUCACUAUCUCCCGGCCAGAAUGUUAUGCGCCGUGCGAUAAUCCGAAACACCAACGACACUAUAAUUGUCCUGUUUGUGAUGAAUGUGUUAUAAACGGCCAGCGAGUCUGGGAAGGUCGGGAUGUACGGAUUCCAGAGGAACCGUGCCUGUCAUGUCGAUGUGUGCGAGGUUCGCUAUCGUGUACAAAGCGAGCCUGUCCAGUACUACCUUGUGGGAAAGCCCAGCAGUUCACACCAGUUGGGGAAUGCUGUCCAAGAUGCUCACACCCAACAGCUGAUAAGAUUCUACCGAUUUCAGGAAGCUCGCUACCAAAGCCGUGUAUAAUUGGCAAGGAGUAUCACGCGCACAUGAGCCAAUUCCAAGUAGACCCGUGCACUGACUGCACGUGUAUCAACGGGACCGCCGUGUGCGCACGUCACACGUGUCCCGUGUUGACAUGCACGCGUGCGCUGCCCCCGCCACCUGGCAAGUGUUGCCCCGAAUGCCCUAACGUCGAGGAAGCUAAGGCCGCUUGUAUUGUGGCGGGAAAAACUUAUCAGGAAGGAGAUACGUGGCAACUCGAUGCCUGCAAGUCCUGUGAAUGUCAUGGCGGUGAACCCAGAUGUGCCAUGGAAAGAUGUCCAACGCUCUCUUGUACCCCAGAUCAAACACUGCGACAGUCUCCAGGCCAAUGUUGCCCAAAAUGUAUCGACAUAGACGGUAUAUGUACAGUUUUUGGCGACCCACACUACAAGUCUUUUGACGGAAAGUUUUAUAGCUUUCAAGGAUCGUGCAAAUAUCAACUAGUCUCAGAUUGCAAGAACCACACAUUCUCUAUAAGAAUAUCGAACGACGCCAGAAACACCUCACAUUCCUCUUGGACACGCACCGCAACCCUUCGGAUCGGCUCCACUAAAAUAAACAUGGGAAGAAAAAUGCGUAUAAAAGUAAACGGGCAAAGAAUAGCAUUGCCUCAUAUCAUAAAAGGCAUCGCCGAAAUUGGUCGCAGCAACGGGUCGGUCGUGCUCAAGUCUGAUAUAGGUCUACAGAUGCUCUGGGACGGGGAUGGGUUUCUGGAAGUGACCGUGUCGAGUUCGUAUAAGGGUCAGCUCUGCGGUCUCUGCGGGAACUUUAAUUCCGUAGCGAGAGAUGACAUGAGAACCCGUGACGGCAGGCUGAUAAACGAUGCAUGGAGAUUCGGUACUUCCUGGCGAGUGGGUGGUCACCGAGCGUGUACGAGGCGUCAGGAACGUCCCGGUCUGAACUCGCGGUGCAAAGCGUCGAAGCUGACUAAAGUGCGUCGUCUGUGUCGGGCCUUCGACCAUCACGAAGCUUUUUCCGAAUGCGGAGCGAAAGUGAAUCCGCAUAAUUACAAGGAAGCGUGCCUAUUAGAUGCGUGCAGUUGCACAGGUGUUCGGUGCCAUUGCGCCGCAUACAGGGCGUACGCGAGGGAAUGCACUCGCGUCGGAGCCGAACCUCGUAACUGGUUACAGGCCGCGUGGUGCGACCCCGCCGGGCCUCAACCGGCCUGGCUACUUCGCGGACGGAAAGGCUUCGGCCGUGCUGCCAAGUCGAAAGAGCAUAGCUUACCAAACUUAAGCGCCAUACCGAGGCGGAAUAAUAGUCGUGCGAGGCCGCCACCACUGCAUUUAAGACGAUAA